UUUACCGUAUUGCAACGGUCUUGGGAGUUGCAUUUAAUUAUAAUCACGGGUAGCGUUUCUUCACACUUUUCAAACUCUCAGCUUUCUGGCUCCGUUUCGCUUGCUGUGUAACUUUUACCAAAAGAUAUGAUUUAAAGAAAACUUUUUUUUAGCUGGAAGGAGGGGAAAGUUAAAAUCAAACAAAAUUUGUGACCCCCCCCUUUUUUUUUUAAUUAAAAAAAUUUUUUUUAACGCCUCAGAACUCUCAUGGUUGGCCUUUGUUUCCAGUCGGUGAGGGAUAAGUGAACACUUCCGAAGGCCCCCGGUCUUUUGGUCGGACUCAGAUGGAAGCAUUUGCGAGAACGCAUGCGUCAGGUGUUUCAAGGACUCAGGCUUAAAGGGAAGCUGGCGGGCAACUGAAGUUGUUGCUAGGGUAAUCUGUAAGGUACUGGCGGAUUUGGGAAGCAGAACCGGUGAGUGUGUGGGAAAGGUGCCCUACACCUCCGGAAAGGAAGCGAAGUCAAUUCUCUCUGCAGAUUGUAAUCUUCAGAUUUCAAGUAACAAAAAUUUUGUUGUGAAAACUUGAUGGAAACAGAAGAUUGUUUUCUCCUUAAGAAUGGGACUAAUCUUAAUAGCAGCAGUCUCUUUCACUCCAAGGGAUUUCACUCUGAAGAGCAGAAGAGUGUUAAAAUACCAGUGAAGAUGUUAAGGGAAAUGGUUACCUCCAGUUCUGUUGAUGAUUUGAUUUUGCAUAAAAAUGAAUCAGCAUACAUUCCCCCUGCUUUGUCAGCAAAUAAACCAAAUCCUGUUGACUUAAAUGAGAUAUCUGAUGGUACAUCUAGUAGAAAUCAUAAACAUCUACCUAAGACAAAACAUGUUACAGAUCCCAUUUUAUCAGAAGAGAAUAAUUCUAAUGAUACUUUAGUACAAGAUGUACCUUUGGAUAAAACAGAUGAAAGUAAUAAAGCAAAAGUAAAUGAUAUCUUUAUUUCUCAGUAUACUACUGGCCAGAAAGAUGUUCUAAGAGCUGUUUUAAAGCAAAAAGUCCAACACUCACCUACUUUUAAAGAAGUGAAAGUACAGCUUUUAGAAGAUGCAUGUACGGUGAAAGACCCUAUUUCUGUGGAGAAGAAAUUAUCAUCCAGUGGAAUGGAUUCCCCUUCAACUGUAGCAGCAGCAACAGCUGCUGCCAUUGCAACAGCAGCUCCACUGAUAAAAGUACAGAGUGAUUUGGAAGCAAAAGUUAAUUCUGUAUCAGAAUUACUCAGUAAACUCCAGGAGACAGAUAAACAACUACAACGUGUUGCAGAGCAGCAGAAAAACAUUAAAAUUCAACCUGAGAAAUCUUGUUGCCAAGACCAUGAGAAGCAGUUUGAUGUAUUUAUAGAACAACACCUUAGGCGUCUAGAAAAAAUAGAACAACAACAAGUCGAUAUUCAGAACCAUUUAAUUGCAUCUGCAUUCAACAGUGGUAGAUACCAACCUGUCAUUGUGCCAUCUUCCAAUCCAGUAGAAAAAUCAUUUGUAAAAUCAGAACUUCAGUGUCCUGUUGGCAGUAACUAUUCUUCACAUCACAGAUUCACAGAGCUUCCUAGUCAAGCAUAUUUAAGGCAAGUUAAGGAUUUGGGUUUUGACAACCAAAAAUCUCCACUUGAAACCCCUGCACCCCGAAGAUUUGCUCCUGUACCUGUUUCUAAAGAUGAUAAAAUCUCCAAAAAUGCCAAACCUAGGGAAGAAAAGGAAAAUUUGCAGAUAUUAUCUUGCACAGGAAACGGAAGAUUAUUGGAGCAGAUCCUAAAUAGUCAGGACACCCAAGUAAAAGAGAGUACAUCCUCAGAAGGAAUUUCAUUAGCCACAUCAAGAAUAAAACAGGAUCCUCUGAGAGACAGUGGUGUUGCCCCUCUGAAGCCUAACUCAUUUCCAUCUCAUGAAGAGUUUGGAAUAGCUGAAAAGACUAUGCGGCACAUUGAUGAUGUCUUUUAUGAUCUUAGUCGAAGGAAGAAAGAGCCAGAAGAAUCUUUAAACACCGUUAGAGUUGAUGUCCUUCCAAAGAGUCCAGUACAUCUUAAGUCAACCAAAACAGCAAGAUCUAUUUUGAAAAAUGCUGAAAAAAUUUUAAGAGGAGUGCAAAAUAAUAAAAAAGUACUUGAAGAAAACCUUGAAGCUAUUAUUCAUGCAAAAGAUGGAACUGCCAUGUAUUCCUUUAUUAAUGCCCUGGCUACUAACAGAGAAAUGUUGGAGAAAUUUCGUAUUAGAAAGGCAGUGGAUGAAUGGAUUAAAAUAAUGACUCAAGAAAUUCAGGAGGAAUUAUCAAGAAAAGAUUAUGAACAGAAGAAAUUUGAUAAGACUCGGAGAUCAAAUUUCACCAAAAAAGCUUUAAAUAAUCAAUAUCAAAAAACAAGCAAAGAAAUUAAAAUAAGUGCUCAAGAUAAAAAUUUAAAUAGAUUUGGGUUUCCAGGAAAACAUUUUCGAAGGCAAUUAGAGGAGAGUUAUAGAAAUACAUACCUACAGAACAUUUGCAUUUCAAAUUUAGAUAAAAACAAAAAAGAGGGACAUCUAAAGACAACCAAAGUGGCACAAGAUAGUGACUUCUUUUUACAGAUUUAUGGGAAACCAGCUUAUCAAGGUCAUCGCAGCACUCUUAAAAGAGGUCCAUAUCUUAGAUUUAAUUCACCAAAUGCUAAAUCCAAACCUCAGAGACCUAAAGUAAUAGAACAAGUUAAAGGUACUAAGGUAAGGUCAACAAGAACACAAACUGACUUGGAGAUGACCAGACCAGUGAGGACAGAUUCAACGAAACCACACUCCUGUUCUCUGCCUACUCACCAGGAACAACAAUAUUUGUUCAGCCCCAGCCGGGAAAUGCCUUCUGUUUCAGGCACACUUGAAGGUCAUCUUAUUCCCAUGGCAAUUCUUUUAGGACAGACCCAAAGCAAUAGUGAUUCCAUGCCACCUGCUGAAGCAGUUAUAGAAAAACCACACCUUGUAACAGUAACUACUUCUAUUCCUCCAUCUAUUCAAACUAAACAAACUGGACCAAAGAAACCCAACACAGCACUUAUAGAGAUGACAUCAGAAAAAAAGGAUCCUCCUCAGCUUACUGUGCAGGUAUUACCCAAUUUAGAUAUUGAUACCCUUUCAAAUGAAAGCGCAGAUGAAAAUCAAGCUUCCACCCAUUGCAUAGAAGCAUCUCAUCCCACACAGACAUGGAUACAGGUUCCAGAACUUAAUCAGCCUGAUGAAGAUGAGCCUAAAUUUCCAGGAUCCAACUUUGAUGAAGUAUUUGAUGUUAUACAGGAUGAAGAAAAAAGUGAUGACAUUGAAGAUUUCUUUGAACCAGUCCUGGAGUUUAAUCAAAGUGCUAAAGUUACUCCUCAACAUUAUAAUGGUCCUCCAUUUCCACCAGUUGUAUCUGCUGCUCAACCUACUGCUGAUAUUCUUGAGAAAGUAAUUGAGAAAAAAGAGGCUCUAGAAAAUAGCCUUAUUAAUUGGGUAGAACAGGAAAUAAUGUCAAGACUUAUCAGUAGGAUGCUUCCAUUCCAGCCACAGACAGUGCCUAAUGUUAGUGUUUCAGAAAGUGAAGAAAGUGAAACUUCAGCUUCUGAUGUUGUUGAAGCAGCAGGUGGUACAAAAUUUCGACUCGUCGUUGAUGCAGGAAUGCCUGUGAAUUCAGAUAUGAUUAAUCUUUUUGUGAAUGAAGCUCUUGAAGAGAUUAUUGCCAUCAUGCUCGGUAACAAGGAAAUAACAAAAGAUGUUCCUCCUCUUCCUGCAAACGUUCCUGACAAUGUAACAUAUUUGCCAACUGUUCACCAUACUCCAGUGCCUACUCCACAGCCUACUCCACCUCAAUCUCCUCCUCCAUCUUCUCGUAAAGAACCAUUAUUAAUAAAAACUCCAGAGGCUUCUCCUUGUGUUUCAGAACAUGAUAUUUUUCCUGUAAAAGAACAAUUUACUCAAACAGGGACUGAUAAUCUCCCUGCAAGUACUCUCAUUAUUACUCCUACAGUUACUCCUGCUGCUACACCCCCUUUAGCAGGUACACCAACUCUUACACUCUCUGAAAAUUCCUCUGAAAACCUUAAGAGACCAAGCCCCAAAUUUCCCAAGCCAUGGAGUAGUGAUGAUUUACCACUGGAUGAAGAGAAUCCUAAUCCUAUUCAGGAGGAAGUACUUCAUCCAAGAGCUAUUGUAAUGUCUGUAGCUCGGGAUGAAGAACCUGAGAAUUUAGUCUUACCCAUUCCAUCAUCCAGUCCCAAUCCAAUCAUCUUUAGAUCAUUUCCUCUUGAAGCUCGAGUUCCUUCUCCAGUGCACACACCAAGUUCUGACCAGAUGACACAGGAAAGUAGUUCAAGCUAUGUUACCACCACUGAGACAGAGACUGUUGAGAGGCCCAUUUCUGAAGGAGAGAUUUUGUUUAGUUAUGGGCAGAAGAUGGCUACAAGAGAUACAUCAGAUGGAGGACUGUUUUUAAAUAACUUCAAUGAUAGUUUAUCUAGCACUCUGCAUGAUGCACAUGAAAUGGAAGAUGAUUCUCCUAGUGAAGGACAGGUGAUGAUGAAAAGACCUCAUAAAGAAUAUCACCAAGAUAUAUUUCUCUCACUUCUUGCUAAAUUAAACCAUGGGUCAUUAGAUUCACAGCAAGUAGUCUACCAUUCCGAGGAAUCUGAAAAUAGUACAGAUGAACUUAGUGAAGGACAAAGACCUAGAUUUCCUGCAGCAAAGGAGAAUAUCUUCAUGAAACAGUACAUGGCCCAAUCUAUUCCUGUUUCUACAGAGUGUUUAGAGCAAAAGACUUAUCAUGGGCCAUUACCAAAGCAUUUUGACAAAACUAUAGGAGAAAUUCAUGAAAAUUCAUGUGCCAGUCAUGGCCCAAUGAGUUUGGGGGAACUAGAUUUGCAACAGAUUUCAAAUCUUCCUCUUCAAGCAACACAAGUAAAUGAAAUUACGUUGGCAGGUGCACAUGCAGAUCUUGUUCAGGAGAAAGAGAAACAGCAUCAAGAAGUUCAACCAGUUGAUCGCAAGCCAGUACAAGCCCGUGUAAUACGUGUAAAGAAUAAGUCAGAAACUUCAUUUUCACAUCUCCGAGAGUCACAAGGAGACAUGGAUCGGACACGUAUUGAACCUAAUAGUUACCUUACUUCUUUACUUGCAGGAGGGGAAGCAGUAUCAUGUUUAAUGUCACAGGCCACACUUGCCAGGAUGUCUGUGACCUUGCCUUCAGUGAAUGUAGAUGACCACUCUCAGAGUAUCAGUACAAUACAGGGAGAUGCUGACUCAUCAGGAGCUGAUACUUUUUAAAAAAAAAGUUGCUGUUUUAUGAAGUAUGUGUAAAUAAAAGAAUUGCUGGUAAUAUUUGUUUUGAAAUCUUUGUUUUGGUGUAAAAUAGUUUCCAAAACUAUUUUUCUCUAUUAACAUUUUCUUAAGAAUAAUUCAUAAUAUGUUUUUAAGGAGAAAUCCUUGUGAGUAUGUGCAAUUUCUAAAUAAAAUAAUUUAUACAUAAA